AUGAGCAUCUGUAAUCGUUGUCAUCUCUACUCGUCAAGCACCGCAAGGGAGGCUAAUCUAAAGCCAACACUCAAAUCAACUUCCGGUGAUUGUCACGUUUGCUGCUCGCAUCUGUUCUGUCCAUCGACAGCUAUGCCGCCUAAAGGUAAGCAGGGAACAAAAGGCAGUAAGCAAAUAGCAGAAGAAAACCAGGCAACUCUGAAGUUUUACAGAAAUAUAAUUCUCGUUACCAAUGCAAUAUUUUUCCUAGUCUACUUCUACUUCUGGGAACAGUUUACAACUCUUCCUAUAUUGAUGCUCAUUGUGACGCUGGCAAUAUGCAUUGGAAGCUACCAGUUCAUGGCUAGUAUGGGUAGAGCCACUUACAGCCAGGGAGUGAUGGUGGACAGUGGCAUCGAUCUAAACAUGGAGGCAGGCAUGGCUGAGCAUUGCAAAGACAUCAUUUUGCUGGCUUGCAUUGUACAAGCUUGCAGUCUAAUAUCCAAUUAUUUCUGGCUCUUUCUACUGUUGGCACCUGGUAGGGCAUUUUAUCUGCUGUGGGUAAACUUUCUUGGACCAUGGUUUUUUGCGGAGGCUCCUGAGCAGCCUGUGGAUGAUAAGAAAGCAAGAAAAAUGGAAAGAAAAAUGAGAAGGCAACAGCAUUAACACACAAUUUCAUCUAGACCACACUUAUUUCUUUAAAAAAUAUGUUAAUUGAAAAAUACUGUUUAGCACAUGAAAACUUGAGAGAAUAUUUGAAUGUGUGCAGUAUGCUUAGAAAGUUAUUGACUGGUGAAUGUAGUUGAAUUCUGCAAAUUUUCUGUCCAGAAGUAUGGAUAUGUGUCUGAGGUUACAUUAAAAAUCAGUAUAACUUGGCAUUUAAAAAAAAAAUUAUACCACCAAGUAUAGCACAGGCAGCUGUGGUUAAGCUGGACAGGGUCUGGUGCAGCAAAAGCAUGAGGUUUAUCCCCAAGUACGACAGUACAAGCCCCAUAUAGUCCUCCUUCCUGUACAGUUGCCAGAUGUGGAUGUUUGCUGAUAUUGAAAGACAUUUGAGACCAAGUGCCCAGACACAAGGAAACUUCUCACAAUAGUCAAGCAGCACAAGCUGAUCUGGUCCUGCCAUGUCACUCUACAAACUCUGUCCAAGAUCAUCCUUCAGAGCAUCACUUGAGGGAUGGGGGGCAACAGAAAGAACUAGAUGGCAAAUGUGAAGGAGGCAAACCCUGCUCACCGCCACUCAAUCUAAGUGCCAAGCCUAGUCAGCUGCUACAUCUAGCCAGGUUCCCCUGAGAACCAGCACAGCAGGCCACCUGAAAUGCUCAGCUAGUACCAGUCAAGAGACAGAUGAUGGUGAUGGGGAUAACACAUUCUGCAUAAGCAGGUUUCAAGCAUCACCAGUAGAUUAGACUAGGCUGGGCAUGGUGACAUAACUCUUGAUGCUUGAUAUUGGGAUUAUUUAUAUCUACCUGCUAUUAGCAAAGAAUGUGUAGUUUUAACUUUUACUCAAAAAGCAAAAUAAUCACUGGAGAAAAAAUCAACAGAUCAACCUGUCUGGUGCAUCUUGUUUCCUUUGUUACAGUUUGCAUAAUUGUUUGCAUGCCCUUACAGACUUAAUAUGCUCCCUACUGAAUGUUUUGCGACAUAUUUUUGUAAUGCUAAAAAAAAUAUUUAAGAUUCCCAAGACUAGCUUAAGUGUUGUGCUAAUGCUUGUAUACAUUUUUUAGAAGAUCUAAGUAAGGGGCUGACUUAUUUUUAAUCGAGUCCAUUUAUGGUAAAGCUAUCACCUCACACUGAUUUGCUAUUACACCCACAACAUAGUCAUGUGUACACUUGUCUGCAUCAGAAUAAGCACUCAAAUGCUUUUAUGGAUUCCGUACCAUGACAAGAGAAAAUGACAUAUAAGAGAUGUGUUGGCAACCAUAUUUGUGGCAAAAUCCAGGAGGGAUUUGGGGUUAGUGCACUAGUUUUAGAGAAGGUUGCAGAUGCAAAUUGUGUGACAGGCCAGCGACUAUUAAACUACCUUUACACACCCAGCAAGAAA